AUGCUGCUUGUCCGCUCGCCGUCGCUCCUCUCCCUGCCUCUUUCCUGCCUGUCGUGCCAUGCCAUCAGAACACACCCUUUCGGUCCGUCGGACCUUUCAGAGCUCACACUACUUUUCAUCUACCUACCAAUUCCGUGGCCUCAUCCCUUCCCCUUCUUUUCUUUCACCUCCCCCUUCCCCGCUGUAGUAAUCAACCCUCUUUUCCCUGGCGCCUUCCUCAUCCUCUUUCUCCUGUCUCGUUUCUCACUCUCCUUCUCCUCUUUCUCCUGUAUCGUUUCUCACUCUCUUUCUCCUCUUUCUCCUGUCUCGUUUCUCACUCUCCUUCUCCUCUUUCUCCUGUCUCGUUUCUCAAUCUCUUUCUCCUGUCUCGUUUCUCACUCUCCUUCUCCUCUUUCUCAUGUCUCGUUUCUCACUCUCCUUCUCCUCUUUCUCCUGUCUCCCAGUGGGGCUGGUGUGGAAGCAACGACUCCUUCUGCGGUGCGGGAUGCCAGAACGGGCCGUGCUCUGUGUCCAUUUUAUCGAAGAUCUGACAGCCGCGGGUUCAGGGGCGUGUUCAAGGAUAUGUCGCCCCAUGACCCGUCCCCCUCUCUUCCCCCAUCUCCCCUCCCACCCUCUUCCUCCCCCUCUUCCUCCUUCCUCCAUAUCUCCACGUCAGGUGGAGGAGAUGGCAUCAAAGAAUCACGUGGAGGAGAUGGCAUCAAAGAAUCACGUCAAUUUCGUGCGCCUCUUAGGCUACUGCAGCCACAUGGACGCGGCAACUGGGGUGAUACUUAUGAGGCGCCUCAGCAACUACUCUUCCUCCCUUCCCCUCUCCCUUCCUCCCUAUCUCCCCGCCAGGUGGAGGAGAUGGCAGCAAAGAAUCACGUGGAGGAGAUGGCAUCAAAGAAUCACGUCAAUCUCGUGCGCCUCUUAGGCUACUGCGUCCCGUCUCUCCCCCCGCUUCCCCACUUCCCCACUUCCCCUUUCCUCCCCCGUCUCCCCUCCCCCCGCCCUCCCAAACUUCACCAUAUCAGGUGGGUUUCGAGACUCAAAAGGCACCUUGAGGCAACUGGGGGCAUAGAGCAGAUUCUCAUCUAUGAGUUCAUGCACAACGGUGACCUUGAGAGAUGGGUGGGACCAGGAGUGAAAGUGCCUCUGACUCUGAGGCAGCGCUUGGACGUGCUCAUAGGGGUGGCGCAGGGCUUGCAGUAUUUACACAGCUUUAGCAUCGUGCAUCGUGAUAUCAAGCCCGCCAACAUCCUUCUCGACAGGAACAUGCAGGCCAAGGUGGCUGACUUUGGGCUUGUGCGGAUAAGCAAAGGCACCACUGUCGGUGCAACGCGGGUGAUGGGAACACCGGGCUAUGUGGAUCCAGCAUAUUCAUGGACACAGAAGGCCACUCCUGCAGCGGACGUGUACAGCUUUGGAGUGGUGAUGCUGUCAGUCGUUACUGCAUGCAAAGGAGUGAUCUACUUGGCAGGCCACACAGCCGUGAAUUCUCUGGAGGACAACCGGAUGAAGCUCACUGAUUGGGAGCAACCCCUAGUGGGUGCAGGGAAUGCAUACGUGAUCAUGACGUGCUCAUUGGUUGCAGAUAGGGUGCAACCCCUAGUGGAUGCAGGGGAUGCAGACACCAUCAAAGACCCACGUCUAGACGCCCCUAACCACAUCAUCCUCCGCCUCGCCCGCUUCGCCCUCUCUUGCACAACCAUGCCCGUGACCACCCGCCCCACCAUGGCCCGUAUUGUAUCCGAGCUUAUGGCCAUGAAAGAAGAGUGCUUUGGUCCGGAAACCGACCCUGCGUUAGAGAAUGUGGAUAGGCAUUUGGAGAGCAUGAGGGUCUCGAGCCUCUCCCAGGAGCUUCGGAGAGCAAGCCGUGCUUCGGAACGGGAAGGAGCGUCAGGUUUCAGUAGUACGAUGGGGUCAAUUGAGGAAAAUGGGGGCUAUAGCAAGUGGGGUUGGUGCGGCAGCAACGUCUCCUACUGCGGUGACGGAUGCCAGAACGGGCCGUGUUCUGGCAGUGGCUCAGCUUCCUUUCGCCGCAUCACCUACUUCCCCAACUGGAGCGGCAUCGACCCCAGCACCAUCCAAGUGGACCACUUCACUCACAUCGUCUACGCCUUUGCUGCCAUCAGCCCCCUCAACUACACUGUGGUGCCCUCUGAGUGGUGGACAGACGUCUCUGGCGGCCUCUACAGCCGCUUCACGGCAGCCAUCAAGGCCAAAAACCCAGCUGUCAAGCCGAUUCUCUCCAUCGGCGGUGGUGAUGCCGUCAGCGCACCGCGGUUCUCUUAUGCCUCAGCUACUCAAGCACGGCGCACUAAGUUUAUCAACUCGGCGAUUGCUUUAGCCAGGAAGUAUGGUUUUCAGGGGAUUGACAUAGAUUGGGAGACUCCAAAGGGUGUUCCAGCGCGCUUUUCAGCGCUGAUUCAAGAUUUCCGGGCAGCUGUUGAUGCUGAAGCUGCCCGGACAGGUCGGGUGAAGCUCACGCUGUCGGCAGCUGUGCCGGGGUAUACGGGGGAGAUUGAUUCCAGCUUCCAUAUCCCAACACUUAACAAAGUGCUGGAUUGGGUGGGAAUCAUGACGUAUGACAUGCAUGGGGAGUGGGAAGCAGAGACUGGGCAACACACAGCCCUGGAGGACAAGAAAUAUCCAUUGGCAAGUAUUAAGGGGUCUGUGCCAGUUUUUGUUGCCAAGGGAUUGGCUCGAAGUAAGCUGGUGCUGGGUCUGGCGUCGUAUGGUCAUGCGUGGACUCUCAAGAAUGCCGCGAAUCAUGGGGUUGGGGCACCUGCUAAAGGAGGCCCCACUAUGAGCUACAAGGAGAUAGUCACGCUCAUUGCGAAUGGUGCCACGGCUGUGUUUCAUUCCCCGACUUCAUCGAUGUAUGCUUACAAGGGGACGAAGUGGGUCGGGUACGACAAUCCUGACACAAUUGCACUUAAGCCAGGCCCUCCCCCACUGCACUCUCUCUCACCUCUCAUCCGCCCUGUCUCUUCGCCUCUUUCGUCCCUUCCCCUUCUUCUCCUACCCGGCGCCACUUUAGAGUCGGCUCAAAAGUCAAACGCGGUUCCAUCCACCCUUCUCUUCGCCCCUCUCGUCCCUUCCCCUUCUUCUCCUACCCGGCGCCACUUUAGAGUCGGCUCAAAAUCGGCUCAAAAGUCAAACGCGGUUCCAUCCACCCUUCUCUUCGCCCCUCUCGUCCCUUCCCCUUCUUCUCCUACCCGGCGCCACUUUAGAGUCGGCUCAAAAGUCAAACGCGGUUCCAUCCACCCUUCUCUUCGCCCCUCUCGUCCCUUCCCCUUCUUCUCCUACCUGGCGCCUCUCAUCCUCCUGCCUUGUCCGUCGCUCUCUCUCUUGCAUGCAGCAAGUGGGGCUGCUUCCUUCCGCCGCAUCACCUACUUCCCCAACUGGAGCGGCAUCGACCCCAGCACCUUCCAAGUGAACCACUUCACUCACAUCGUCUACGCCUUUGCAGCCAUCAGCCCCCUCAACUACACUGUGGUGCCUUAUGAGUGGUGGACGGACAUCUAUCACGGCCUCUACACCCGCUUCACAGCAGCCAUCAAGGCCAAGAACCCAGCAGUCAAGUCAGUUCUCUCCAUCGGCGGUGGCGAUGCUGUCAGCGCACCGCGGUUCGCUUAUGUUUCGGCUACCAAAGCGCGCCGCACAAAGUUCAUCAACUCAGGGAUUGCGUUGGCGAGAAGGUACGGGUUUCAGGGGAUUGACAUCGACUGGGAGCUUCCAAAGGGGAUGCCGGGCCGGUUUUCAGCUUUGAUUUUGGAUUUUCGGGCAGCAAUUGACGCUGAAGCUGCCCGGACACGUCGUGCGAAGCUCACGCUCUCGGCAGCUGUGACAGGAUAUGCGGGGGAGAUUGAUUCCUGCUACCAGAUAUCGACACUUGACAAAGUGCUAGACUGGGUGGGAAUAAUGGCGUAUGAGUUUCACGGGGAGUGGGACGACGUGACUGCGCAGCACACUGCUCUGGAAGACAAGAAAAACCCACUGUUGAGCAUCAAAGGUGCUGUUGCAGGUUUUAUUGCCAAGGGUUUGUCAAGAAGUAAGCUGGUGCUGGGUCUGGCAUCAUAUGGUCAUGUGUGGACGCUCAAGUCUGCUGCAAGCCAUGGGGUUGGGGCAUCUGCUAAAGGAGGUCCCACUAUGAGCUACAAAGACAUUGUGAAGUUCAUUGCUGGUGGUGCUACAUCUGCAUUUGAUUCGCCAUCCUCGUCGAUGUAUGCUUAUAAAGGGACCAAAUGGGUGGGCAGUUCUGGCAGCAAUGGCAGCAACGGGGACCGCGGCAGCGUUUCUUUCAUCGGCAGCGGGGGAGUCUCGUUCUUCAAGUCUUUAUUCGAUUCGUCUCAGAAAGCAGCUACUAAGACGGUAGUGGUAGAGGAUGGCGACACGCUCUGGGACCUCUCCGUGAAAUUCGGCGUGGAUUGCGAGCAGCUGCAGGCGUUUAACAAGCUGACGUCGGACACUAUUUACUCCGGGGACGUUCUUAAUAUCCCCGUCUCCCCCGUGCGCGUGUCCCUUUCUGAAACGGCGCAAAACUCUGCCGGAAACGCCUCCGCGCGCGUGUCCCUCUCCGCGCCCCCGCUGCUGACCCCCGCGCAAGCAACCACUUCCCCUUCACCCUCUUCCUCCCCCUACGCGCGAGAGUCCCCGCAGCCGUGCUUACGUGUCAGCACUACCGCCACCGCGACCGCGGCCGCCAGCACCGCCAGCACCUCCAACACCGCCGCGAACAGCAGCCCCGAGGGCCUUCGCGACAGCAGCGGGAGUAGCGGGAGCGGCGGGAGUAGCGGGAGCGGCGGGAGCAGCAGCAGCAGCGGGAGCAGCAGUGGGAACGGGGGGAGCAGCGGGAUGGGCGAGAGCAGUGGGAGCGGCGCAAAUGCCUCUACUUCUAGCAAAAAGGAGAUUAAGACCAAGUCAGUCUUAGUCCGCGAUGGUGACACGGCGUGGGACAUCUCCCUGCGCUUCGGGCUCACUCUAGACGAGCUAUUAUCUCUUAACGCGAGCAUUCCCGACCCGCUAUACCCCGGCGACGAGCUAUUGCUGCCUGCAGACGCGGUGGAACGGCCGCGCGCGCUGGUGGCGCUGGCAGGCGUGAAGGCGAAGGUGAAGGGCACGAUGCGCAAUGCAAACUUCUGGGACGUGUUUCCGCCGCCCAGGAACAUCGACGCCUACCGCAAGCGCUACCGCGUGUUGCUGGAUGCGAUGAGAUACGUGGAGACAAGCUUCAUUGAACCCGCCCCUGUGGGGGAUGAUGGGCUGUCCAUCGGCCCCCUGCAGAUCAGCAACGACUAUCACACGGAUGCGUGGUGGCUGGAGCACCGCCCGCCACUGUGUUACGAGGACUGCCAUUGGUCGGUGGAGCACAGCGAGCGCACCGUCAUCAACUACUGGCUGCGCUACUGCCCCUGGUCCCUCGAAUUCCACGACCACGAGACCCUCGCUCGCACGCACAAUGGCGGCCCGGGAUUCUACCGAUACAUCAAAACAGCUACCUACUGGCGGAAGGUGAAGAUGAAAUCUCUCAUCCCGCUGACCGACCUGACUGUUCUUCUGCCCGCCAACAUCGCACUGCUUCGCAACUACACCAAGGACCAGCAGACAACAAUUCUGUCGUACAACACAAUCGCCACGCGCUACCUCUUCCGCAACCUCACCAACAUGCCGGCCGGCACGGAGCUCGACACUCUCGAGGGAAACAUGGUCACGAAGCGCGGCCCCAAGAGCCUGCCGACCGUUACGUUUAAGGGCGCGGCGAAACUACCGAGCGUGCUGGCUGUGCCAAACCUGUGGGUUGGUACGGACUUCACGAUCCAGGGCACGAGCACGCUGCUCAUCCCGCCGGAGCUGCUGACGCCCGAGGCUGACUCCAUCCGCGGUGCGGUCAGAGGAACUCUCCGCGGUACAGUUGGGUUCGCCUUGGAUGGCGCUGGUGCUCUUCUGAGGCCGCAUGUCGCCCGCCCCUAG